AUUGUUAACUUAUAAAAAAGUUACGAGUACAUAUUUACAUGCAAUAGAGUCCUACAGUAGUUUGGAUGUCCUAAGGCGAAGUAGGGUGGGAAGGGUUGAAUAAGGCGAGAUUCGGUCAUAUAUUUUUUUUAAUUUAAUUACAAAAUGCAAAAACCAUAAAAGAUGUUUUCAGAGAACUUCGCUUUUAUUUAUAAAAGAUAACACUUGUAUCUAUUUGUAUUAUUGAAAAUGUCGAACGGUAAAUUGAGAUAGAAACCAGUUUAUUGAUAAUUGUGUUGGAUGUAAAUCCAGUACAAAGAAUUGUUAAACAAGAAACAAGAAUAUUAACACAAUGCUUAGACUCUACUAUUGUUUUUGCUAAUGCUCAUUUAAUGCAAUCAUCAAAUAAUCAGUUAGCUAUGAUAGCGUGCCAUAGUCAUGGAGCAAAAUUUUUAUAUCCUUGUGAAAAACCAGUGGAAAUUCGACAAAUUGAUGGGCAAUAUGAGAAGUUUACUAUGGUUGAACGUACUGUAAGACAACAGUUACAGCAAGUUAUCAACGAAAUUUCAAUGGAUAAACCAUUGAACGGAGAAAGUUUAAUAUCUGGAGCAUUGACGAUGGCCUUAUGCUAUAUUGCAAGGCUAGAAAGAGAGAAGGUUGCUGGUCAAAAAUUAUAUUCAAGAAUUCUUACCAUCACAGCUAGCAAUGAUUCUGCAACACAAUAUAUGAACUAUAUGAAUAUAUUUUUCACGGCUCAAAAAAUGGGAGUAAUAUUGGAUGUAUGUAGCUUAGAUCAAGAAUUAACUUUGUUGCAACAAGGCUGUGAUAUAACUGGUGGAAAUUAUUUGAAAGUUCCACAAUUAAGUGGAUUACUACAAUAUUUAUUGUGGAUAUUUCUACCAGAUCCAAGUAUCAGAUCAAAACUAGUGCUACCACCACCUGUCAAAGUGGAUUACCGUGCAGCAUGCUUUUGUCAUCAAGAACUUAUUGACAUUGGCUAUGUAUGCUCUGUAUGUUUAUCAAUAUUUUGUAAAUUUAGUCCAAUAUGUACCACUUGUCACACAGUAUUCAAAAUGCCUGGACCUAUACCUAUAAAAAUGAAAAAGAAGAAAAAGAAUAUAGAUAUAGUUCACUAAUUUCAUUUAAUGUAUCCUUUAGGAAUAAGUACUUUUAAUCUAAAUACAAUUAUUUUCUUACUAUA